AUGGAGUUGGAUAGGAUCAGCAAUCUACCAAGUAAUGUUAUAGAAAAGAUAUUGUCACAUUUGCCAAUUAGCGUUGCAGCGAGGACAAGUGUUUUGUCAAGCAAGUGGAGAUACAAAUUUGCUAUGCUUCCGCAUCUUGUGUUUGGUUGUUUGUGCCGCUCGAACGUUGUUGAUCAUGUACUCUUAAAUCACGUUGGCCCCAUAAGCAAGUUCCGGCUUGUUCAAGGACUUAUAGACAUUGGAGAUAUUGAUCGCUGGGUUCUUCAUCUGUCAAGGUACUCGCUCAAAGAGUUCAUACUGCAAAUUUCGGUUUGGCAACAGCAACGCUACAAGAUUCCAUCAUGCAUAUUUUCAUGUCAUGAUAUGAUUCACUUAAAGUUGAGUUGUUGUCUGCUAAAACCCCCCUCGACAUUCAAAGGGUUUAGGAGUUUGAAGUGCCUUGCAUUUGCAAAGAUUACCAUGGCCCAAGAUGUGUUCGAACAUUUGAUUGUUUGUGUUGACGUGAGUAAUGCUGGAGGCCAAUAA